AUGGCAUCGUGCUCGAAGCUCGCUGGAACAGACGCGGGCAUCCUGGUUCAACUUUCGCACAAUCCCCACACACUCCCACAACCUGUCUUUUUCAAAUUUGACAAACGGAACAAGACUAGAACACCCUUGACAGGAACGCUGCAUUCUCUACGUACUCCUGCUCAACUCUCUGUGUGUGUACCCUCUGUCCCAUCUUUGGCAUCUCGCCCCUCCCAGUCAUCUCCUCUCUCGUCCAGCGUCUGUCUCCUCAUCUCUACUCUCCUCUAUAGCUAUUCGAAGGUGGAAAUCUGUGAGGUGCAAAGGUCGCGUGCGAUGGGGAUCCUUGGAUCUCCCGCACUCGGUCUCGAGCAUGUGUCGAGCGCGAGGGUGAAAAUGGAUGAGCUCUUGGUUUGCUGGGCAAGCCAAAAGGAGACCGUGAAGCUACUUCGAGGGUACCUCGAAGCCGUGGCGGCUGACCAACCACUGGAGAAGCCGGGAUCAUCCCUGUUCCAGACGCUCUCAUCGUCGCCGUCUUCGUCGUCAUCGCUGCCUCUGUCACCUCGCUCGCCCUCGCCGUUAAAGUCUCCCGUUGGCCACAGUGCGGGCCCAACAGGACUGUCUCAUCGCUCGCCGACGUCAAAGAGCCAUUGGACUCCACAUCUGUCACCACGGUCAGAGAGGUUCGAGCGAUACCUUUCUCCGGAAAAGAGGUCGCCGUCUCGAUCCUCUGGCGUGUCCGAGGAAAGCUCCCGCUCUCGCCCUCCAGAAACUUCGCGCAAGGUUGCGCACGAAGGACGAGCGAAAGUAAGCAGAGAAGAUAUCCCCCACUUCUGGGUCAAGGGGGAAGGCGGGCGCGGGAGGGGGCGCCCAAUUCCGCGCGACUCGCUUGAAGAGAGACGCCAGGAAAUGGAACGUCUGUUCGAAAGACAUCCGGAAGGACUUGGAGUUGAUGACUUCGUCCCGGUUACGAAGACGUUGUGCGGGUUCCCAAGCUUUUUCAAUGCUGUUCUCUUCAAGCGAAUCUUUGCGCGUAGCCAGCAAGCACGGGCGUCGGCCGCCCGCCAACAGGAGAAGACCGCGCCAGAAGGGGACGAUUCGGAGGGUGUACACAGUGGGCAGGACAACGGAGCAGACGAACUCCCUCCGGACGCACGAAUACCCCUGGCUCUAUUCGAAGAGUUUUGGAGGGAUGAGAUCGAGACGUACGAUCACAUCGACAGAUUUUUCCGGCUGGUCAAGAAACCGGAAAACCAUUUCAUCGAGAAGGACGACCUGCAACCGUUCAUCCGGGAACUACUCCUCUAUCACCCAGGUCUGGAGUUUCUCGAGGCCCACCCUGACUUCCACCCAAAGUACGCUACAACUGUCACCACGAGAAUAUUUUAUAUCGUCAACACGAGUCGGUGUGGCCGCAUCAGCCAAGGCGAACUGCGACGGAGCAACUUGGUGGAGGUGUUCAACACGGUUGAUGAAGAGGAGGACAUCAACAAAGUGACGGAGUACUUCUCGUACGAGCACUUCUACGUUGUGUUCUGUCGCUUCUACGAGCUAGACGCUGAUCGAGACGGGCGGUUGAGUGAAGAAGAUCUCAUCAAAUACGGCGAGCAUGGCCUAAGCCGCCUCAUCGUGGACAGGAUCAUGGCGGUUGGCCCACGGCCAUUUCCUCAGGGGCGAAGAAACGAGGACGGAUCAGAUCCCCGAGCUACAAUGACCUACGAAGACUAUGUGUACUUCAUGCUCAGUGAAGAAGAUCGAGGGAAUGAACACAGUCUGCGAUAUUGGUUCACGUGCGUGGACCUGGACGGGGAUGGGCGUAUCGGCCACAUGGAGAUGCGUUUGUUUUAUGACAAUCAGGCACGUGCAUCGGAUGGAGUCGCUGGGCCACGAAGUCGUGCCCUUUGAAGACGUGGUAUGUCAGAUGUGGGACAUGCUCAAGCUUGGCGACCGCAACUAUGUAACCUUGCAGGACUUUCUGAGGCCGGAGACAUUGAAGGUGGGCGGCGUCUUCUUCGAUGCCUUGUUCAACUUGAACAAAUUCAUUGGCUUCGAGCAACGAGACCCCUUUGCAGAGCGGCAAAGGAGGAACGACCCGUUCGAGACAGAUUGGGAUAGGUUUGCGUUUCACGACUACAAUCGGCUUGCUGCCGAAGAUGAGCCAGAUGUCGGAGAUUCGACGGAUAUUGAUGGCAGCGACGACUGGAUUGUGACAGACGACGACGAGGGAGACGACGAUGUAUUAGGGCAAGAUAGCGGCAUUGCGACCGCUGAAGCUCCGUUUUAAGGAGUCACCAUCUAACAGCAGUCCUUGAGGGGCUUGCACGGAAAUCCCAUCGGCAACAACCAACGCCGAAGCGAUAAUUCAACAUUUGGUGGUCCACACGAAAUCAAAUGGCGCGUCGCUUGUGUCAAGACCUAAUCCACUUGUCUAGCCAAGUCUUCAAGUCAAUACUUUUCGUCCUUAUCCUCCCUUCGUGUCAUCUCUCGAAUGAGUACCGGUACAGACGUUGGAGGUAAGAAGCCAAACUCCGUGAUGACGAGGGUGACAUACUUGAUCGGUGUGAGGUCGUAGCGGAGAUUCAAUAGUUUGAGGCUGAGGACACAAGCAACAAACGGGCAGCAAGGGUGGGCGUAGAUGUUACGCGACAUAAGAUGAAACGAAGGGAUAGCGGCCCAAAGUGGCAUGCCGCGGAUACAUUCCAACAAGUACCAUAUUCUUGGCACCCGAUCCGUGUUGGAUUAAGACAUAGUUUCUUGCUAGAAUUACCCUAGUCGACCUCAUGGUUGAGAAAAUGAAGGGUCCCAAAUCGGCGCCUCGUACUGUGCUUCUCAAUGAACUAAAGCCCUGGUAGUCUAUACCUGCGACAAUUUUGACCACGAUCUAAACCAAGCCAUCAUGAACCGAAAGAUGAGCGUGUUCAAUUACUUAGUCUGUGGGUGACCGUUUCUGUUAGUCGAUGCCUCGAACAUGACCACGUAGAUACGCAGUUCAACCAGUAACGUCGGUGAAUUCACUCAUGUGCCUCGUCUA